AUGGCAGGCAACAGCAACGAAUUCAAGCCCUCGGAACUCGCCAGCGCCAUGCAGCUGCGAACGAGAAAAGAAAAGGGAUUUGACGACAUCGAAUCAGGCCUCACCUUGGCCAAAAGUUCCUCGAUCCCUUUGGCUCAAGACAAGUCCGGGUUCACUGGCUGGCUAGAUCGGCUCAACAUUUUCCGUCCAUUUUCCAAACCGGUCACCGAGGAUGACGUCGUUUGGCUCCUCGACAACACUGCCUACCGAUCUUCUCAGAGCCAAGCAUGGCAGGCCGAGUUUGUAGCAGCUGUUUUUGAGCGUGAAGAUAAACAGAAGCUCAUGGACAUGGUGACUGGAGUAGUCCGUGCCGUUGGAUUAGCAGAUGAUGCAGCUGAACGUAAGACGGUUGAGGAGAGGCUUCUACCUUUUUUGUGGAAUGUCCGACCAGCCAGAACCAUAGCGGCAACUCACCAGUCGAAGCAACUGAAAUUGGGCCCGUCCAACGUCAACGGAAUAUCUUCAAACGUUUUCAAGGUCUCAGACAGCAGUGGAGGUUCGCUCGUCAAGAUGUCCGCAGAGAUCGGAGGUGGCCAGGGCAGCAUUGCCAGUAUGCAGACAUACUACGCUGGAGAUGAUGGCUGGGGCAUUAUAUCUGAUAUUGACGAUACCAUCAAGGUCACCAUGACGAGUGAUCCGGUGGGGAUACUUUGCGAAACUUUCAUUAAUCCACCUCGUCCUAUUGAAGGAAUGCCUGAACUCUACGCUGGCAUCAGAUCCGCUCUUCCUGAAGACACGGCCUGGUUUUACCUCUCUGCCUCGCCUUAUAACCUUUAUCCUUUUCUGAAAGAGUUCCGCAAGCAGCACUACCCGUCUGGGACUUUGAUCCUUCGUGAUUCGAGCUGGAAAACCGUGGCUGGACUGCUUUCAGCCUUGACAUAUGGGACAGAAGAGUACAAGGUAGAUCGGAUGAAGAAGAUUCAUACUUGGCUGCCGAGGAAAAAGAUGAUUGUGAUUGGAGAUUCGACACAAUCCGAUCCAGAAGCCUACGGUUACAUGUACCGGGCAGUGCCAGGUUGGAUCCAGCUUAUUUUGAUCCGAAAGGCCACGAAAGUUGCCGAAUAUGGAAUCGACGAGAAAAACAAGCCGGAAAGAUUCGAGAAAGCUUUCAAGGACAUCCCGCGCCGCGCUUGGCAUGUGUUUGAGGACCCCUCAGAGUGCCUAGAUAUUGUGAAGAAAGCGAUGGAGGGUUAG